CGAUCUUACGCGACUACUCAAGAUGUCCUUCAAGAUCGAAGUCCCCUCGGGCGACACCAUCAUUUUGGUGUCCACUGAACGCAGAUACAAGAUGCACUCAACCCAACUUGUCCAAGCCAGCGGCUGCUUCGCCGACCUACUCAGCAUCGCCGGACCUGCCUUGUCCCGCGAGGGUGUUCGUGCUGGCCUUCGUUACCUGCUGGUCCUUCAAGACUUCGACGAAGCCACCAACAGACCCAUCCACCCUGUCUUCAGACGCAUUCCUAUCGACAACAAUGGCCGUGCUCAGAAGAAGUACAGCUUGAUGCAUGAGAGCGAUAGAAGCCCUCGUUUCCGCACUUCUUUGUUCUCUGAUUAUGACAGAUUGUUGCGUACGUUUGCUAACCAGCCUGUUACUCUGGACGACAAGAAUAUUGAUACCUUGCUGCCUGACUCCAUGGGUCUGAUCGAAGUUGCCGAGAGGCUCGACGCUAUCAUCGAGAACCACUUACUUGCCAAGGGUCAGGACAUCUUCCAAGCCAUCUCAGCCAGCCCUGUGAUCUGGAUCGAUGUCGCCUUUCGUAUUCAGUCCAAGGUGCUCUUCAAGGAAGCGCUCAUUCACCUUACUGGAAAGUACAAUACCUUGAUCACCACACCCCCUGACGAUGGAUUCGUUAAGAGAUAUCCUAGAGCACGCUCCAUCCUCGAUCAACUCAGCCCUAAACUCCGCGACCUCCUCGAGCGCAAGCACACCACGUUGAAGCAGAUCUGCCAGACUGUCGAGAGAAGCGUCAGCACUCACUACCCUCCAGGCAUCCAGAAGUCUUCUGUCACUGGUCAGGCCAAGACCGACCCUAUUGGCAGAAUCGACUAUGCCAAGGACGUUUUCACUUGGGUUGGUGUUGCUCUCUACCGUCACUGGUGGGGUCAGAUGAUUGCCGGGGAUGCCACGCACAACAACAAGUUUGGCGGCCAUGAUGUUUACACCCGCCUCUUCGACGGUGGCCAGAGCUACCUGAACCGCGAGGUCCAGAGUGGUUUCCACCAGCACUUUCCCAUGAGCUCCAAGGGCCAGAAGGUCCUGCAGAACAACAUUGACAUCAUCAAGGCUGGUGUCACCCAGAUCGUGACUCCUCUGAUGAAGAACGAGAGUCAGCUCGACAUCACUAGGUUCCCGGUCAAGUGGCUGACUUGCACCAUCGUCACCGGUGCCGAUUACCUCUGGGAUCCUGAAGUCGAGCCUGAGGAGGAGCCUGAACAGGAGACUGAGCAGGGUGCUGAAGAGGAGUUCGAAGCUCAGCCAGUCUCAGCAAAAGCCAAGGGUAAGAGACGUGCUGACGAAGCUUUCGCUGAAGCCGGACCCUCGGACGGACCAGUCCGCAGAGCUAAAGGAAAGGAACGUGCCAUCGAGCCAUUUGAAGAGGAAGAAGAAGAGCUCGACUACUACUACGAUGACGACGUAGACGCCGAGGACGAAGAGGUU